UGAGUCGUUACCGCGGGGCGAGCCGAACAUCGAAGGGCUAAGGGGACCGGCCCCUCUCUGUUCAUCGGGUGGUCGUGUCUUUUGGUUUCAGAAUUUUCGUCGGCGGCACACUUGGAAGCUGAAGUGCUCCCGAUAUGGCCGAAGUUGAAGAAACUCUUAUCCGAACACCCGAGGCGAUCGGCGGUGAGCCCCAAAAGGCUGCCGACCAAAGUGUAAAGAGCAGCCCCGAAGAACUCGUCGUUACAAUCGGAGCCACGGUGCCAACCGGCUUCGAAGCGACGGCUGCAGAUGAAGUGAGAGAGAAACUGGCUUCUCGGGCCAGAAUCAGCAGAGAGAGGGGCAAGAUCUACUUUGACAUUUCAAUAGAGUACCUGGCCCAGGUUCAUUCUCUAAGAUCAGUUGAUAAUUUAUUCGUUGUCGUUCAGGAAUUUAGAGAUUACCAGUUCAAAGAGACCAAGGAAGACACUUUAAAGGAUUUUAAAGAAUUAGCUGGAAAGCUUCCUUGGUCCAAUCCCUUAAAAGUAUGGGAAAGAAACAUCAACUAUAAGAAAAAAAAAACAAUUCGCAAAAAACCUCAACAACACACCCCAAGCCAAGAAAAGGCGGCCGAGAGUCAAGGAGGCCCAGUCAAAAAAGAUACUGAGGAAGAGCUCAGUCGAUUCACGGAAAACUUGGUCUUAAACUCGGGUGAAAGCCAGAGCAAGAUUCCGGAGGAAACUCCAUCAGCUGAUAAAGAUGAAGGGUCAAAUACCUCUGAAAAAGAAAAAAAAGGUGAUGAGACUCAGAAAGAAGAAGCUAAAGCCAAAGUGCUCAAGUUUCGAGUCACGUGUAACCGAGCAGGAGACAAGCAUAAUUUUACAUCUAAUGAGGCAGCGAGAGAUUUCGGAGGUGCUGUGCAAGAUUAUUUCAAUUGGAAGGCUGACAUGACCAACUUUGAUGUGGAGGUUCUUUUGAAUAUCCACCAGAGCGAAAUAAUUGUAGGAAUUGCAUUAACUGAAGAGAGCCUCCACCGAAGAAAUAUCAUCGAAUUUGGACCCACGACUCUCCGGUCCACCCUUGCCUAUGGAAUGCUCAGGCUCUGUUCUCCUCAACUCGGUGAUGUAAUAGUGGAUCCAAUGUGUGGAUCAGGUGCCAUAUCAAUAGAGGGGAUCUGUGAGUGGCCUAACUGCUAUCAUAUUGCCGGUGAUAAUAAUCCCUUGGCUGUGAAGAGAACAUCAAGUAACAUCUGGUCUUUGAUGACAAGGAACUCAACUAAAGAAAGGAAAGGUUACAUUGGACUGCCUGUUGAUAGCAUCCAGUGGGAUAUCUGCAGUUUGCCUUUGAGGACUAGUUCAGUGGAUAUUAUUGUCUCCGAUAUGCCUUUUGGGAAAAGGAUUGGAUCAAGAAGAAGAAACUGGGACCUGUAUCCAUUUUGCCUCCAAGAAAUGAGCCGCGUCUGCAAGCCUGGGACAGGCCGGGCUAUACUACUUACUCAUGACCGAAAAUGCAUUAUCAAGGCAUUAUCGAAAAUGUGUGACAUGUGGAGAAAGGUCCAGACUGCCUGGGUGAAUAUAGGAGGACUUCAUGCUGCAGUUUACCUUCUGAAACGAACCCCUCAGGUUUUCAUUCAAACAGGAGAGCAAGAAAAAGGAAUCACCUUGUAAUGUGAAAGAUCAAGACACCUUAGGUCCAGCUAAUUUUUCCACCUCCGGAAGUGCCUAAACAAUAAAAAAUAGGUGUAAAAUGCAGAAAAGCACCAUCAGAUUGAUUGUCAUAGGGUCUUAAUUGAUCUGAGGAUCUUUGUUGAAGACAAAAAUAAGGUUUAAAAUUUCAGCUAAGGUUUAUAUGUAAUGUGGUGAGAUUGCAGUCUUCUGGAAAGCAGGGCUUCCAAAUUUUUGGAAACACUUUUGAGUUUCUCGUGAACAUUCCUUUGCAAAAUGCCUGGCAUUUUGUAUAUCUCAAAAGACCAUUGAAAACUUUCUGUGAAGUUUGUUUGGAGACCUUUCUGUGAUAAAGGUACUGUCUUCAGGUCAGGGUGUUGGUUUGGGCACGAGAAGAUGCUUAUAGGAAUGAGUACAAACACCCUUAGAGGCCAAAAUCACUGUAAUGUUUCCAUUUGUUAGGGGGACAUGGAUCUUACUGUCUUUUUUCCUCAUGUUCCCACCGGUUAAUCAGUUGGAAUACAGUUGAAGUUUCUGGUUUUAUGCAUUCCAAGGAUAUACCAUAGGGAGAGAGGGAGGAACAUAGAGAUGUUUAGAAAAAUCUUCCAUCUGUCUUACAAAAUGAAACCUGUUUAUCUUUCUGAAUAAUGUCAAGAGAGACAAACAUAUAGUGUCCAUUUCCACGAUGGUCAGUGCCUGUUUUGGAAAGCCAGAAUUGAAUAACACAAGCAGUCAUUCACCUAAUGCACAAGAUUCAGCUGGUAAGAAGGGUGUGGCAGGAUGACUGAAAUCUGAGCAGCCUAGUGGAGGGAAGAUGGAGAUGAUCAUAAAUACAGCUCAGGUACACCAUUGAUAAUGUUAUGUGGAGUUAUAGAAAGCGUCUCUUGGACUCCAUUUAAGGAUUACCAAGGAAGAUGAGCUUUGUUAACAUUCUACAAGUUUAAACAAAACAAAAGUCAGGAUUCUUUGAUUUGGCUGCUUUUUCCUCUUUGAGAAGUUCAUUUCAUUCUUAAUUGAAUCAUUUAAUCAUAGAAGAAUUGAAAUCAUAGGAACAUAUACAUUUGAUGGAUAUGGGCCAUUUGAAGGUUCAUCAGAUGAAAUCCUUUAACUGAAAUAAACGGUUGCUCUCCUGAGAUACAAGAGCAAACAAUCAAGUGUUAUUAAACCUUAAAAGUUUCCUGUGGCACUCCAGUUGGAUUUUCAGUGCUACCUUAUAUUAAGUUUCACUUAGUUUUGGGUGUCUUUUUAAUUGUCAUAUUAAAAGAAAAAGCACAGCACUACUACAUUUUGAAAAAAAUUAACAGAAUAUUAAUUUCAUGCCAACGGUCAUGAUUUGCUCCUCUCUGUAGCACUGCCCCAUCACGUGUUUGAAUUGGAAAUAAAGAUGGUAUUUCUGAAGUCA